AUGAAAGCAGUAGUCAUGACGUUCAAGAUAGCCUCUUUGUUUUUCAUCACUCUCUUCUAUGUUCAAGCUUUUUCACAACCAUUACCACCAUCACAUGUAGCUACAGCUUGUAGGUUGGAUUUCAGUGCAUAUCCUUACCAGCCAAUUGGUGGAUGCAGUAGUGUUGAAGAAACGGUCAAGGACUGGAACAGUUUCCCGAAAACCAGUUGCUGCCAAAAUGCCCUUACCGUGUUUUCACACGCAUUAGCUCUGCGCGCACAUAAUGAUGUAUUGGGAAGUAUCUUCGUCCCGGAAGGUCAGUGGAAAAACUGUAACAGGCCCUUUAAGCUUCAGCCUGGUGUUUCUGUUGAAGCUUGUGGCUUUGAAAAAUUCUUCUAUGGAAAUGGAAAUGGUCAGUGCUCUCUAUUUCAAUUGAAGAACGUCCUCACAGAACAUCAAGAUGUCAUAAACCGGUGUUCUCUAUUCAAUUUUUCUUCAUUUGAUGAUGCCUGUAGAAAUUGCACCACUGCAAUAUCAAAUGCAAGAGAUGUUAUGUCGGCUCAAGGAAACAAAACUGACAAAGCUACCUGUCUUUUGGCUCUUAUCGUCUCAGUAAUAGCAAAAAACAUGAAUAAUACUUCUAUAAUAAGUAAUUUCGACAGGUGCUUGCCUGCCUUGGCUGUUCCAGAGCCUGCGAAUUACAUUAAACUCAACUAUACACUGGCAGAAGCAAUAUUAGCAAUUGUUUUAGUGAUCAUUGGGCUAACAUUGGUCAUUAUGCUGAUAACAUGCGUAUCGAAGAAAGGAAAUCAGAAGAAAAAUCCUGUUCGGACAACAGAUAUUACUUCCACAUUGUCUGGCCUCUAUAGAUUCUCCAAAGCUGAGAUUAACAAUGCACUUCAUUAUGGCGGUGAAAAGAAGUGCCUUGGAAGAGGCAGUGCAGGGCAGGUUUACAGAGGGAUGCUACCAAGUGGACAACUCGUGGCUAUUAAGCAAAUAUAUAAGGGUAAUAAGAGCAACACUUCAGAUUCUUUCUACAGGGAAAUUGAAGGUCUUUCAAGAGUCAGGCAUCCAAACCUUGUCUGCCUGUUUGGUUGCUGCAUCGAAGAUGGCGAUCAGUACUUAGUCUACGAAUAUUGUUCAGCCGGAAAUCUAGCUCAAAAUGUUCUAAGGAAAGACACUGUCCUAACAUGGGAUAGAAGGGUCAAAAUCCUAAGGGACUGCUCAUUUGCUCUCAAAUAUCUCCAUAAUCAUAUAGAUGGCUGCAUUGUUCACAGAGACAUCAAGCUGACUAAUAUUCUUCUGACGGCGAAAUUCGUUCCUAAACUAUCAGACUUUGGUUUAGCGAAGAUGCUAGGAAUGGAUGAGACUAAAGUCGUUGUUCGGGGAACCAUAUGCUAUAUGGACCCUGAAUAUAUGAGCAAUACCAAAUUGAUUAGUGCUAGUGAUAUCUACAGUUUCGGCAUUGUUAUACUGCAACUUUUAUCUGGACAAAGAGUAAUCGAACUCUAUUUGGAGGCAAGAGAUCAGUUCACAAGAAAGGCAAAGGAUGUGAACAUGGGGAGACGUCCAUUGACAGAUUUUCAGGACCCUAGGCUGAAAGGGAGUGUGAAUACCCUACAUUUUGAAUACAUAUUGAAAAUUGCAGUACUUUGUGUAGCAAGUUCGAGUAGAGGUCGUCCAACAAUAGAUUUGGUUUUCGAGGAAUUGGACAAGGUUUGGAGAAACACAGAGGCUGAAAUGAAAACAAAGGAGAAAAACUCACCGGGCAAAACACCAUCCAAAUCACCGGACCUGAUUCACGUUUGA